UCUCCUCCUCCUGGGAAUUCCCGGAAUGUCUUCCUUCCGCGGUCCUGAAUCUCCCACCUGUCUUCCCUCCUACCUUCCUAGAGCUAGGGAGAGAUGGGGAAGAGGGUGGGGCUCUUGGACCAUCUAGAAAUGCUUGGCAGGGUUUUAAACCUUCCCAGCACCACCCAGACUUCACUCGAAAAUGUGUCUUUCGAGCCCUAAGGAGUUCAAAGACAUUGAGGAUUUUCCAUCGUUGCCUCCUUUUCAGUGCCAUCACCUCCUCCUGUGCCUUGGGCUCCCUCCCCAGACCUUUCCUCAUAGACUUGAACCUUGCCAAUGGACCUGAUUGGUUUUGGUUAUGCAGCCCUGGUGACAUUUGGAAGCAUUUUGGGAUAUAAGCGGAGAGGUGGUGUUCUGACUUUGAUUGCUGGUCUUUCUGUUGGAUUUUUGGCUGGCUGUGGAGCUUACCGUGUCUCCAAUGACAAGCGAGAUGUAAAACUGUCCCUGUUUACAGCUUUCUUCCUGGCCACCAUAAUGGGGGUGAGGUUUAAGAGAUCCAAGAAAAUCAUGCCAGCUGGGCUGGUUGCAGGUUUAAGCCUCAUGAUGAUCCUGAGACUUGUCUUACUGCUGCUCUGAGAAUCCGCAGGAACUGAAAACUAAAUUUGAGUCAUUCUGCUGUAAUGGGCAGAGCCUACUCUUUGUAUUGAAAAGAUAAAUUCCAAUAUGGAAUGUUCACCGUGGUCUUAUUAUAUAGUAGAAACUGCAAAGGAAACACUGUCACCUCUAAUACAGACACUAGUUUGAGGGAUUUUUUUUUUUUUUUAAACAAAUGGUUCAACUGUUUUCUAAUUGUCAGGUACUGGUUUCAUUAAAGAUAUUUAAUAAAUCGUGAGACACUGUUUCA